GCCAUCUCUAAUAAAGCAGGAAAGUUGAUAUGAAUCGUUAUCCGCUCAUUGUUGUGAAAUAAAUUGGUACUAAAAGUUUGGAGCCAUAAAUCUUCAUAGCUCAGUGUCUAUUAAGACGCAGAUAUGGAAAGUAAUAGUACUGAAAUGGAAACUACCGCCGGAGAAAUCGCGGAAACUGCACCCCCUAGUGACUCAUCACCUUCGCUUAACAUUUUAUGUGCAAUUUGCAACGAGUUUUUCCGGGCCAACGACAUCAUUUUCUCAACCACCCGGUGCGGUCAUGUAUUCCACAAGGACUGCCUCACCCGCUGGCUAAAAAGAUCCAGGACCUGCCCCCAAUGCAGAAGCACCUGCGACCGACAACGGGUGCACCGAGUGUACCUAAACUUCGCCGAGGCCCCGGAAUUUGAUGACACCGAAGUGCCCAAGCUGCCCAUCGAUUGGGUGCCCAUAGAUCUGGACGGAGGCAGCUUUCCGGAUGCCCACCUGCCGCCCGAGGGAGCGGUUCAGUGCGGCACCAACGAAGACGGGCUACCCACUUAUGUGGCCAGAGGAUACUACCACGACGAUCUCCUGCCUGCUAUUUAUGUACCGGAAAAGAAGGCUGCCUACGGUUCGCACAGCUGUAGCGCCCGAGUUCUGACCGAUGAUGUCGAGAUAUUGGUGCUCACCGACUGUGAUCACAAGUGGGUGCCCGGACAGCAUGGAUCUUAUCCGCAGGAUGCGCUAAAGACGGGCUACUCUGAGCUGGGUGAGGGCACCUACACGGGUCGCGGACUUUACGAGGGCAUCCUGCGUCUGGGCAAAGUGCAUCCCUCCCACAAGCUCAUGUACAUGCCGCAUCGUGGUCAAGAGGUGAGCGUGAACACCUACGAAGUCCUUGUGGUCACCCCACGUGACCAGGCCGAGCGAUGAUGCUGCUGAUAUCUUAAAUCUCGUAUGCCUUAUUGUAUA